AUGUGGAGCAACUGGAGGAACCAUAUUCUCAAAAAUUCAUCGACGUGGCUCUAUGUGGCUGUCACUUUGACCCACGCUUUGUGCGCGCGUAUCACUGAAGUGUUGAAACUGAAAGCUUCCGACUUCCAUUGGACUGGAAGAACCGUGACCAUCGCGGCUCUGAAACGUCAGCCACAGGUCAACAAAGUGCUUCUGAACGCAAUCCUUCCUACACUUCGUGGUUUGAAGAAGAAUGGGAAGUCAGUUGCACGCAAGAGACGCUGUGGCGUGCGUGGCACAGUGAGUUUCAAGGACGCGUGGCGCUGGCCUACAGGGCAGAACUAUCUCUUCCCAGACAGGACUGGGAAAUCUCAUAUCAAGAAGGACGUAGUCUGCCACGCGCUUCAGAAAGUUCGAAAUUCAUUCAGGGCUAUGGAUUCCCACAAAAUACGGAGCCAUUCAGGCAGACAUACCAUGAUAAAUGUGCUGAAAUCAGAAAAUGUACCAGCUGACGCUGGCAUGGCGUUUGCUCGCAUUUCUCACAAGCGUACUUACGACUUGUAUGGCCAGCUGAAUCAGUUGCAAGCAGGCCAAACUUUGAAUUCAAACAAACGUUUGAAGAAAUCUUUGAAAUCCGUCUACAGCUGA